UGUUAUUGAUAUUAUAGGUUAUAAAUUGUAAAAUAUUUAUUCACAUAUAAAUAUAAAUCAAUACAAUUAAUGAUGCAUAUUGCUCGGUUGAAUUUGUUAUCUUGUAAUUCAUGUUAUAAAUUUUAUUAUUGUAAAUUAUCAACUCAAGUGUUAUCAGAUUUUCCAAAAACAUUUAAUCAUAAAGAUGCUGAGCAUAAAUGGUACCAAAUUUGGGAAAAGAAUAAUUACUUUAAUGCUAAAGACAGUCAGAAAGAAACACUGAGUAUGAUCUUGCCUCCUCCAAAUAUAACUGGAACAUUGCAUUUAGGACAUGCAUUAACUGUUAUAGUUCAGGAUGUAUUAGCUAGAUGGUAUAGAAUGAAGGGUCAUCCUGUUGUGUGGAUACCAGGUUUUGAUCAUGCUGGAAUUGCAACACAAAUAAUGGUAGAAAAAUAUCUUUCUAAAGUAGAAGGUGUUUCUAAAUCAGAAAUUGGGAAAGAACAAUUUCUUUCACUUGUAUGGCAAUGGAAAAAUGACAAGGAAAUUGCUAUAAAAUCACAGUUAAAAACUGUAGGUGCCAGUUUGGAUUGGUCAAGAGAAUAUUUUACAAUGAGUAAGGACCACAAUAAAGCUGUAGUAGAAGCAUUUGUAUUAUUAAAUGAUCGAAAUUUAUUAUAUAGGAAAAAAGAUAUGAUUAAUUGGUCUCCUACUUUACGCAGUGCUAUAUCUGAGAUUGAAGUAGAACGAUUAUACAUCAAAGAAAAAACAAAACUUGAAAUCCCAGGAUAUAAAAAGAAGAUAACAUUUGGUGAAAUAGCACAUAUAGCUUAUCCAUUAAAAGAUUCAAAAAAUGAAAUAGUAGUUGCAACAACUAGGCCAGAAACUGUUUUUGGUGAUGUAGCAAUUGCUGUUCAUCCAGAUGAUGAAAGAUAUACAGAAUAUAUUGGAAAACAAGUUUGGCAUACUUUAAGGGAAACUUAUAUACCUGUAAUUGCUGAUCCCUUAGUUGACAACAAAUUUGGCACAGGGGCUGUCAAAGUAACACCGGCACAUGAUCAGAUGGACUAUGCAAUUGCAACAAAUCAUAAAUUAGAUAUUAUUGAGGUAAUUGAUGAAGAUGGAAACAUAACGACUGCAGGCAAACAGUUUAAGGGUUUGCCAAGAUUUAUUGCACGAGAGAAAGUCUUAAAUGAACUCUCAAAUAAAGGUGUUCUAAGAAGUGUAAAAGAACAUGAAAUGUGCAUACCGAUAUGUUCACGAUCUCGUGACAUUGUAGAAUGUAUGUCGAAAGAACAAUGGUUUAUUAGUUGCAAAAAUAUGGCGCAUCGAGCAUUGCAAGCUGUAGAACAAGGGCAUUUAAACAUAGUUCCUGCUAUCCAUAAACAGAUAUGGUAUGAUUAUCUUAAUAAUAUUAGAGAUUGGUGCAUUUCACGACAAACAUGGUGGGGACAUCCUAUUCCUGCUUAUUAUAUUAUAGUAGGAGAUAAAAUUGAAUGGAUUGUUGCUAGAACUGAAAAUGACGCAUAUAUCAUUGCACAAAAAAAGUAUGGACCUGAUAUUCAAAUAUACAGAGAUCCAGAUGUAUUAGAUACAUGGUUUUCUUCGGCAAUUCUUCCUUUUUCUGUACUAGGAUGGCCAAAAGAGACAGAAGAUUUUAAAAAAUAUUUUCCCUUAACAUUAAUGGAAACAGGAUACGAUAUUCUUUUCUUCUGGGUUGCAAGGAUGGUUAUGCUAAGCUUGGAACUAACUAAUCAACUACCAUUCCCUGAAGUUUUACUACAUGGUAUUUUAUGCGACGCUUAUGGAAAGAAAAUGUCCAAAACAUUAGGAAACGUAGUUUCCCCUGAAAAUGUUAUUAAUGGCAUUAAUUUAAUUGGUCUUACUACACAAAUGAAAGAAAGUUACGAUAAGGGCAUUAUAAAUGAAACGACACUACGUCGAAUGUUGAAUGCAAACAAGAAAAUGUUUCCUUCUGGUAUACCAGAAUGCGGUGUAGAUGCGCUGCGCAUGACUCUCUGUAGUCACAAUAUCAAAAAUAAAAAUAUUAAUUUCGAUAUAUUGGAGUGUCAAACAAACAAAUUCUUUUCAAAUAAAAUCUGGCAAGCAAGCAAGUAUGUUUUAUUUAUGACAGCUGAAAAAAAAUAUCAAGAACCAAAAGACAUGACAAUUAUUGAUCGUUGGAUUCUAAGUCGAUUAUCUUUAAUGGUAACCACUGUUAAUGAGACACUCUUGCGACGAGAUUUUCAUAAAUCUGUUGCGGCACUUAAGCAGUUUCUAUAUUACGAAUUUUGCGAUUUUUAUUUGGAAGCAACUAAAUGGGGAUUUAAAAGUGAGGAUGCGAAUAUUGAUAUAAGUCACACAUAUGGUUUAAGAACAUGCUUGGAAGUAUUUUUACGUGCAUUUGCACCUAUAAUGCCAUACUUGUCUGAUGACUUGUAUAAUCGAUUAUCAAGUAAAUUUCCAGAAUUUCUAUUAGUCCCAUCAUUAAUGGAAGCACCAUAUCCAAUGCCAGAGCAAUAUAACAAAUGGAGAGACGUUACUUUGGAUGAAAAAAUAAAGGAAGUUUUACAAAUAAUUGCAGAAAUUAGAAGUUCCAUAGGUAAAAUUAAUAAAAUGAUAAAUCCAGAAGUUCAUAUUGUAACUAAUAAAUCUGAAGACGUUAGUUUUUAUAAUAAUACCAUAAACUUAAUUAAAGGUGGAAGCAAAAUUCUAAAUAUUUCGGUAUUCCCCGAAAAUAAUUAUAUAAAAGAUGAAAGUAGCAUAUGUUAUCCUUGCGAUUCUAAUUGUGCACUGUUUAUUACAUCACAAGAUCCUGCUAUUUUAAAACAAAUUGAACAAAAUAUAGUUAAGACUGUAAUACAUGUAAAAUAA